ACGAUCUUAAGUAAUUUUGUGUGAUGGCCUUUAUGAAUUUCCUUUAUUUUAGUCUUCUUUCUGGUCAAAGAUACAAACAAUUUCUAUACCAGUGGUGCUCAAUAUGAAAUUUACCAUAAAUUGUCGAUUGAUAUAAACUAGGAGGGAUGGUUUUAUCCAUAGACUUAUAUAUAAAUAGACCCAGCGUUCUGUGAGAGGAGUUGUCCGCGUCUUCUAAAGGACGGAACGAUAUGCAUCCAGGUGCUGUCUCCGUCGCUCCGCCGGUCUGGAGGGGGAACGUCGAUGGAUAACGUUGAAGGAAAGCGAACUUAAAGGCGCGUGUACCGCACUUAUAUGUGUAAUAGGGUUAGGUUAGGUUACACGGAAAAAGACACAGAAAAUGUCUCAGUGUUGCAUUUGCAAAUCGCAUUGUGGCUCCCAUGCAGAUAUUACAUUUCAUACGUACGUAAAUAACUUUGAAUUGCAGUAAAAAUAGUUACCCUAUUACACAUAUAAGUGCGGUACACGCGCCUUUAAGUUCGCUUUCCUUCAACGUUAUCCAUCGACGUUCCCCCUCCAGACCGGCGGAGCGACGGAGACAGCACCUGGAUGCAUAUCGUUCCGUCCUUUAGAAGACGCGGACAACUCCUCUCACAGAACGCUGGGUCUAUUUAUAUAUAAGUCUAUGGUUUUAUCUUACUACUGUAAAUCGUCUGUGGUUAUGAUACAAACAGGGGAUGACUAUUGAUGUCCGAUAAACGAGAACGGUUUACAGCGACGACAGAAAUGAGAUUAUUCGAACGUUUAGCGAAUCUCUUAGGUCUUAGGAAAAAAGAAGUGAACGUUUUAGUAGUGGGCCUUAAUAACAGUGUCAAAAAUGUUAAUUUUACCGCAUUUGAUAUGUCGGGUCACGAUCGUCAUAGAUCGCUGUGGGAACAUUACUACAAAGAUUGCCACGGAAUUAUCUUUAUAAUUGACAGUAGCGAUAAACUUCGAUUGGUUGUUGUUAAAGAAGAAUUAGACAUGCUUUUGCAACAUCCUGAUGUAGCAGGACGUAAGAUACCCAUCCUCUUUCUGGCGAACAAGAUGGACCUGCCCGAUUCGUUGACUACUGUAAAAUUAGUUGCUGGUCUGGGUCUUGAUCGAAUACAAAACAAACCUUGGCACAUACGAGCAACGAAUGCGUUAACUGGCGAAGGUCUGCAACCAGCAAUUGAAUGGCUGACGGAUCAAAUUCGCGAUAUAUACAUUAACAAGAGAUAAAUUGAAUUGUUAAAGAACACGAAAUGCGACAUUACUCCAAUGUUGAUAUAUUCUCAUGAAAUUUAUCGUAUCAUCAAAUUGACAUACAUUGCAAUACAUAAUGAUAUCUAAUUCCGUCCAAUAAAAAUGUCUAAAGCACAUCUAGCAAAGAAUGUAAAUAAAAAUAAUAAUAAUACACAUAUAUGUGUAUACAAAAUUGAUGCUGUUAUACACUAUUCCGCGAUCUUUGAUUUAUUACAUUAAAGUGUGCAAUAGUUUUGUAUUUUAUCUCAUCUAUUUAUAUCUACUUAAUAAGCGAUAAAGAAUGACGCAAUAGCGCGUUCCCAGAACGCAGCUACACGUUGUAUUAUGUGUGUGUGAAAUAAACGAUUAAAAAGAUCACAGUACAAGGUCAA